UCAAGAUCAAUUAAUUUAUCAAACAAGCAAACACAAUGACAACAGGCAAGUCUUUUGACCAGGAAACAAUUUUUGGUUUAGUUGUGCUGACCGUUUCUUAAGCACAUAGACCUACUUUUGAUCCCGUAAGCAAAGUCGCGUUGGACUUUACAGACAUUUUUCUAACAAACAAUAGGCCAGGGGGAAAGAAGCGCAACGGGGACCGGCGUAUCACCAAAGAUUACUUCCCGCUCAUACACAACUGAAAUUCCGGUACGCAUUUUCCUCGUGUGCCUUUAUCCAGUAUGGGGUUAAUUGGGUUAUAGGAAGCCAGGACAAGGAGGGGAUGCAGCCGCCGAAAUUAGAGACCUUCGAGCAGAACUACUACAAGCAGAAGCAGCGCAUUUUGCUAAAACGAAAGGAGGAUUAACAGCUGCCAUCGAAGAUGCACAGCCGUCUACAAAUACAUUAAAGAGACAGCUCGAGAAUGGGUCUGCAGAGGAUGAUGAAGAAGAUCCAGAAGUAAAGCGGCGACGCAUUCUGGAAGAAACUCGAGAUAUAGAUGCUGAUUCGGAUGAUGCUGGAGAAAGUGAUAGUAGUGAUGAUGACAGGUUCGCCAAAUAUUUACACAUGGUAUCGGAAAAGACGCUCACGUGGUGUUAGUGACGAUGAUGAAGAUGAGACGGCGGAGCUUCAACGGGAACUCGAAAAGAUUAAGCGCGAGCGUGCCGAGAAAAGAGAACAAGAGGUCAGAUUAAACUUUUCGCAAUACUAGAUUCACCACUAAGCCUGAGAACAGGAACGGGAAAGACUAGCGGCAGAAGAAGCGGAGCGGGAGCAUGAUAUUGCUCUUGGCAAUCCAUUGUUAAAUGCCAAAACCGAUUUCAAUGUCAAAAGACGGUACGCCUAGCCUGGAUCAGUUUCAGCAGACUAGUUUUCUAACACAAAUUUAUUAGAUGGGAUGAUGAUGUUAUUUUCAAGAACCAAGCUCGUGGAACAGAAGAUAAAGGAAAGAAAGAAUUUGUCAACGUACGUUAACACUAACCAUGACACAAUUUUCAUGAAUAAUUGACCAAAUUAUAGGACCUGCUACGUUCCGAUUUCCACAAAAAAUUUAUGAGGUACGUUGGACUGUUUGGAUCUCAAGGCAAUUCACACUAUUAGGAGACUAACACACUGUAGCAAAUACGUGAGAUGAUCGGUCAUCGUGCAGCAUUGCACCAUAAUAGAGGGAUGCAACGCGUACAAAUUAAUUUCCCAGGCGAGAAUCGAAUAUGUACUUUAAGGGAGGACGGCGUCACGGUUGCGAAGAAUUGUUUGAUUUUAUUUUAUUUUAUUUGAUUUUAUCUUCAUCUUUUCAUGAUCUGGAAAUAUGUGCGUGCGGCCCCAUCCUCACCUCACAUGCAUGAAUAUCGAUCUUGAUUUUGACCUUGAUUGGUUUUCGGACAAAGCAAUCAAGACUUUUCUAGCAUUACAUCCUCAACUCUAGAACAAUUGAUAGAAGUUUUGAAAUU